AUGAAGGUUGAUGUUGCUCUUUCUAAGACCACUAAAGCAUUGUCUAAAAUGGAUAUUGUUCUCUCUGAAGUUCAAACUAUUAAAGUUUCAACUGUAUCUGAGAACACUGUUCAUCAUCAUACAAUUACUAGAGAAACAAAUGCUCUUGUGGGUCAUUGUGAUAUAGAAGGAAUAGCAGACAUUAUUGCAGAAAAGGAGAAUAAGAUAACAUAUAUGAGACACUUAAAAGAAACAAAUAUCGAGGUUCCUAAAGUUAUUUUAGGAACUAGUUCUGUGAAUAUCAUUUCACCAUCUAAAGUUGAUCCAAAUGAUGAGGAUGUUGAGAAAGAAGCGAAAUUGAAGAAAGAUGAGGUGUUAGAAAGAUUAAAAUAG